AUACGAAAUGUCCAUGUCACGAGUGAAAUGACAAAAUGUAGUGGAUUGGGCACUAAUUUCGUUGACACAAAAACAGACCAAUCCUGAAAUAAAGUUGGGGUAAAUUAGCCAUUUCGGUUAUGGCACUGUCACCAACCAUUAUCAGAACAGCAAGGCAGAUGGUUUUGCAGUCAUCUCUUCAUAGAUACUGUGGAAAGCCCAUCUUUGCUUCGAACACCAAAAGCAUCAGGCAUCACUGGAGGUUUUCCAAAGCAAACACGUCGCCGCUGCUGACAUGGGUGGGACUGCGAGCAAUGUGCACUCACCAGGAGGUUGACAAACAGAGUAAGAAUGAAGACAAGGGCAACCCAACGGCUGAGCAAACAGCAGGAAAGAUCCUUCCACAGGGCCCACAGAAAACCUCACAAGGGACAGGGGACGCGAAGAAAGAUGGGCUCGCCCAUCAGGCCAGUAGUGAAAGUAUACCAACUCCAGUCAAGACGGUCUCAUACAAGGACAAGAGGAGGAGAAUUGACUACAGCAAGAAGUACACAGACAACAUCACCAUCACAGCAGUGCGUGCUAUGAAUGAGUACCUCCUGAAGUCAAGCGAUCUAGAGCAACUUCGCAAAACUUCAAGGAGAAGCCCUUAUGAGCAGCAGGGGAACUCAAAUGCCAUGAUGGUUUAUCUCAGAUCUGAUGUCGAGGCAAAAGCAAUUGAGGUUUGGGGAAGCAAGGAGGCCUUGGAGAUGGAGAAGAAGAAACGGAAACAGAGAGAAGACAUCUACAAAGAGCAUGUGUUCCUGCUAAAGAGAGCAAUGAAAGAGUUUGAUUCCUUCUUUGGGGAAGCCAAACCGCCCAAACAGAGCAUGUUUGAAGGAGCAGGCAAAGUGGUUAUGUCAGCCAUAGUCAUUAACUCGGCUAACUUCUUGUUCAAGCUUGUCGCCUGGAUUUACAGCGGUUCUUCCAGUAUGUUCUCCGAGGCCAUCCACUCGGCCGCCGACGUCUGCAACCAGGUCAUUCUGGCCUUGGGAAUCAGACAGUCCAUCAAGGGACCUUCACCUGAUCACCCGUAUGGGUUUUCCAGUAUUCGCUAUGUGUCUUCCCUCAUCAGCGGGGUGGCGAUCUUUUGCAUCGGCGCUGGGUUGUCCUGCUACCAUGGCAUCAUGGGAUUGAUCCAUCCCGAGCCAAUGGAAUCACUGCUUUGGUCAUACUGUAUACUUGCUGGCUCACUCCUGACAGAGGGAGCCACAUUUUCCAUUGCGUACAAUGCUGUUAAGAAGGGAGCCAAAGAAAAACAGCAAAGCUUCAUGGAGUAUGUACUGCGGAGCCGAGACCCCAGCAUCAAUGUCGUCUUGCUCGAGGAUGCUGCCGCUGUCCUAGGUGUGCUUGUAGCAGCUGGGUGUAUGGGGUUGACAUCUCUCACUGGCAACCCAUUGUACGACUCCCUGGGAUCUCUAGCCAUUGGAUGUAUCUUAGGUUGUGUAUCAAUGUUCCUCAUCUACAGUAACACAGAAGCUUUACUAGAUCGCUCCAUACCAGAGACUGAGUUGGAGAAAAUAAGUAGUUUGCUGGAAAAUGACGUCAUGGUUAGGGGCGUGUACGAUGUGAAAGCCACCGACAUGGGCGUGGGCUUGAUCCGGUUCAAGGCGGAGUUGGACUUUGAUGGCAGGGAGGUGACCCGUUCCUACCUCGAUGGGCAAGACCUGGAGAGCCUACUCAAGGAGUUACAAACUUUCACAACCAUGGAGGAGAUUGAGGCCUUCAUGCUAAAACACGGCGAGAGGAUUAUUGACGGACUAGGAGCAGAAGUGGAUCGCAUCGAGAAGGAAAUCAGGAAAUUGAACCCUGAGGUACGGCAUGUCGAUCUGGAGAUCUUGUGAGAUGAUCACAGCAAGACAUCCUGAAAUACCUCACCGAUGUGCAAUAUGUUGCCCAAGGACCAUUGCCAGGUUAGACCAGCAGCGAGUGAAGCGAGCGUGCAUGCAUGUACAUUGCUGGUUGAUCAUCCGUUGGUGUUAAAUGCUCUUCAGCAUAGGAACAUUCUCAUAUAGGUCAAAUGAAAGCAGGUGUUUCAUGUUAAGCUGUGAACAAAAAAUACAACUUUGGUUCUGAUUUGGACAUUGUAGCCACUGCAUAGGUAGAAAACUUGUCCCAAAUUAUGCCAUUUUUUCUGGUCAGUGGAGUCAAUUAAAAGGCAUCAAAGUAACACGCCACCACUGAAGGCAUUUGGUUGGCCAUGUGUGUCAUACAUUGUGAACUAGACAGUGGGGAUCAUUUUCACAUAUAACCGUGAAUUCUCCUUCAAAUGUUACCAUGGUCACUACUUGUGCCAUAUAUGGUUGUCAUUGUCAUUCCGAUCCAGUGCAGGGUGCUAAAGCUCCCACACUGUUUGCCACAUAUCAGGCUUUGGAGAUUUGCCGACCACGCGAAUACUGUGCUCAGGGCUGCUGUCUUCAUCUAUGACAGUGGCAGGCAUUAUAUCAGGUCCGGUGGGUCAUUGAGAGCACCCUAUUGGUAGAUCAGCUUGAAAUACAUGUAG